AUGAUCCAGAUCAAACGCAUCAACGACAAGUAUCUGGUGUUUAAGGUAGAGGACAUCCGGUUUCUCCGGCAAGAGCAUCUCAUUGGAGGCACGUUAAUCGGUACGCUACCUCAAAUCCCCCAACAGAAUGUCUUCUGUGGCCUGCCACUGCAACUGUUCAAGGAAGAGGUGAUAUUUCUGAUGAAGAAUGGAAUUGCAGAGGUUGUGGACGAUAGUGCAAGUCAUGUGACAGCCCUUACUUCCCAAACGCCUGAAGAUAUCGAAAACUACGAAAAACAACGCCAUACAGCCCAGCAACUGCAGAUCAAGGAGUAUACAGAGGGUAUGCUUGAGCGACGUCGGCAGGCUCUUGAGAAGAAGGGAAUGAGCGGGAAGAUUGACAAGGAGGUUGUGGUUGCUACUGAUAACGCCAUAUCAUACGUCACUGAUGCUACCACUACAAAUGAGACGCUGGAGGGAUACAACAUGUUCAGCAAGGAGAAUGUGCUGAGCGACCUGCUAGAGCACGUGACUUCGGCUCAGUAUUAUAUCUUCAACUUUUUGCAUUCCCGAGGGUAUUUCUUGUCACCUGGCCUGCGGUUUGGAGGCAAUUUUUUGGCAUACCCCGGAGACUCCGUCAGAUACCACUCCCAUUACAUUGCUAUUGGCAAGGAGUAUGAGGAGAAAUUCCCCAUCAAAAGUGUUAUUGUUGGAGGAGGGCGUCUUGGAACUAAUGUAAAGAAGUGUCUUGUUCUUGGGGGAGAGAAUGACGAGGGUGGGGACAGUGUGUAUUGCAUUGAGUGGAGUGGUUUUGGUUAG